CGAUCAGCCGCUGCUGGGGUCGCUUCUGACCCAGCCGCCGAGUUCGCCCAGUCGCAGCCGCAGCCGCAGCCGCAUCUCCAGCCCAGACUCAGCGAUUGAUUAUCCGCAAGAGAGAUGGGUUGGGCUUGUACCCCUCAAGACGAGCUCGUCGACAAACAACGAUCUCAAAAUCGUCCUGGAUGGCUCGAUACAGUCGCUGUGAGGAUCAAGAUCGAAAAGUUCACUCGGACCAAACCGCAUCUGGAAGCGUCGGCAGUGUUGUUUCGCGACCAUAUCCCCAAACCCGGAGACCGGCUCUAUGGCGACUUUCAGAAACUGAGCACUGAGAUCUCUGUCACCGCAAAGCAGCUCCUCGAACGACUUUCUCAGCCCCAGGGUGCCCUGAAGCCCGAGCGACUCAUCGAUCCUGACCUGGAAGACUCGCCUGGAACCCUCGCUGAUAUAUUCGCAAAUGCUCUGCCGCUGUCGCAUGCCGAGAAGCUCGAGGUGCUGCAGACCACCAAUGUCCUGGAACGCAUGAAGCUCGUGCUCGGACACAUGGUCCGCCACAUCCAGAAGACCACGAUAUCGCAGAAGGUUCGGUCUGAGAUCGAGCAGACCCUUGGCAAGCAGCAGCGCGAGUUCCUGUUGCGUCAGCAGCUUGUGGCAAUCAAGAAGGAGCUCGGCGAAGACGACGGCAGUGGCCCACAAGACCUACAGGACCUUGUCAAGCGGAUCGAGGCGGCGCAAUUGCCCUCCGAGGCCGAAAAGGUGUCCAGGCGCGAGCUCGCUCGCCUGAGAAAGAUGAGCCCUUCGAUGGCCGAGUACCAGGUGUGCUGGUCGUACCUCGAGUGGCUGGCCGACCUCCCGUGGGCCCACUCGACACCGGAUCAGCUCAGCAUCGAGCGUGCACAGUCGAUCCUGGACCAUGACCACCACGGCCUCGUGCCGAUCAAGAAACGCAUCGUGGAGUAUCUUGCGGUCCGGCAGCUCAAAAAUAGCCUCAAGGGCCCGAUACUCUGCUUUGUUGGUCCCCCUGGCGUCGGCAAGACGAGUCUCGGCAAGUCCAUCGCAGAUGCCCUGGGCCGCAAGUUUUAUCGCCUGUCGCUUGGAGGCAUUCGCGACGAAGCCGAGAUCCGCGGACACCGCCGAACGUACGUGGGCGCCAUGCCCGGCAAGAUUAUUCAGGGGAUGAAGCGAUGCGGGGUCAAUAACCCAGUCAUCUUGCUUGAUGAAGUCGACAAGCUCUGCAAGAGCUUUAUGGGCGACCCAUCAUCAGCCCUGCUCGAGGUGCUUGAUCCCGAACAAAACCACACGUUCACCGACCACUACCUCAACAUGCCCUUCGACCUGUCGAAUGUGAUGUUCAUAGCCACGGCCAACGAAUUCGAGAGUAUUCCAGGGCCGUUGGCGGAUCGCAUGGAGGUCAUUCGACUCUCAGGGUACACUUUCGAAGAAAAAGUUUCAAUCGCCAAACAUCAUCUCGUCCCAAAGCAGCUCGCGGCCCAUGGACUCGUCCCCGAGCACGUAGUCUUUACCGACCCGGCCCUCUUCAAGAUCGCCACAGGCUACACGCGCGAAUCCGGAGUACGCGGUCUCGACCGACAGAUUGCCAGUGUCUGUCGAGCGUUGGCACUGGAGUGCGCUCGGUCUGCAGGCGCAACGACAACGCAAUCACAGACGGGCCCAGGACUGCAUAGAAUCGACCCCGAUCGCGUGCUUGCUAUUCUGGGAUCUGAGAUCUUUGUUGAAGAAGUCGCGGAGCGCAAGUCGAUCCCCGGUGUCGCGACCGGGCUGGCAUGGACAUCAGAUGGUGCCGGCAGCCUGUUGUUUGUGGAAGCAACAAAGAUGAGAGGCAAGGGCAACCUGAUCCUGACAGGCAUGCUCGGCGAUGUUAUCAAGGAAUCGGCGACACUUGCACUGACGUGGGUGCGUGCGAAUGCACCUCGGCUUGGGGUUGACUCAAGCAUCCAGUUCGAUCAGCUCGACGUGCAUAUUCACUUUCCAGCCGGCGCCACUCCAAAGGACGGCCCAAGUGCUGGCAUUGCAAUCGUCACGGCGCUGGUGUCUCUGCUCACAGGGUCGCUCGCGUCGGAGCGCUCGGCCAUGACGGGCGAGAUCACAGCUCGCGGCCAGGUCCUGCCGGUGGGCGGAGUCAAGGAGAAAGUACUGGCCGCACAUCGCGGCGGCAUCCGCAAAAUCGUGCUGCCUGAGCGCAACCGCCGCGAUCUCGAAGAAAUCCCAGCGCACGUCAAGAAGGAGAUCGACUUUGUCUUUGCGGACCGUAUCUGGCAGGUUCUCGAGAGCGUGCUCUCGAUCCCUGGCGCUGGCUCUGUCAUGUCGGAUGUGACACGCUCCCCUGCGCUGACGGGACCGUCGACUGAACCCACGGACUCGGUUGAAGGCGCGAUGACUGACGCUAAACCGCGGUCGGAGCAAGUCACGUUUGCAUCUAAGCUAUAGGGAACCCUCCCCCCAGGAGCCACGAGGGGCUAUCAGGCCCAUCGACAUGCACAUCCGGAUGUAAAAUUUGCUUCGGGCCGUGGCGAUCCAGCUUUGAAUGCAGCCGCGUUACCCUUGACGCUGCCCGUGCUUGCCUUGAUGACCUGAUUCCGUGCUUGAAUGGUUUCCGACUUUGCCGGCAACUCGAGCAUAUCCUCUAACAACAUCCACUGUCCAGGCCGUGUGUCGCUGUCUCGUCCC